AUGCCGGGGGAUCCGCGAAAAUAUCUCGACGAAGUAGCGUUGAAGUCGUUCCUGGAGAUCCAGAAAACGCCCUCAGAUGUUCUUCUGGCGAUGAAGACGCUAAGUAGCAGUUACAAGGAAAUAUGUAAAGAAGAGUGGUGUGAGUUCCCGAUAUUACCGUAUAAGUUAAAGAACAAUGUAGUUAGAAUACAACACUUGUGCUAUGAAGAAAUAAAGCAAAAUAGCUCCAAAUUGUCCAGAUAA